CAUUUUGUAAGAAAAUCAAGCAAGUCUGCCGCCCUACCUUCGCUUCAGACCUGCAGUUUUUUUCUUGUGCAAUGGACGGCCGACUAGACGCUGACUUGUACCCUCUGGGAACCGGUUACGUCCCUGAACUUGAAAGUGUCCAUGACAUAUCAGUUGGCACAAAGAGGGGAUCCGACGAACUCUUUUCUUCCUGCAUAUCCACUGGGCCCUAUAUCAUGAACUCAGCCAAUGGCAACGACAGCAAAAAAUUCAAGGGUGACGUCCGCAGUCCUGGGGUUCCGUCACGCGUGGUUCAUGUGCGCAAGCUGCCCAACGACAUAAAUGAGGCUGAAGUUAUUGGUCUGGGACUGCCCUUUGGGAAGGUCACUAAUCUGCUGAUGCUAAAAGGGAAAAACCAGGCGUUCUUGGAACUGAACAGCGAGGAGUGUGCACAGACGAUGGUGAGCUACUACUCCUCCGUCACCCCUGUCAUCAGAAACCACCCCAUUUACAUGCAAUACUCAACCCACAAGGAGCUCAAGACCGACAACUCCCCCAACCAAGUGCGUGCCCAGGCAGCUCUGCAGGCAGUCAAUGCACUGCACGGUGGUGGGAUGGGAAGCAUGGCCAUUCCCGCAGAUCCAGCUGCUAUGGGAGGAGCAGGGUCCCAAAGCCCUGUACUCAGAGUCAUAGUGGAGAACCUCUUCUACCCCGUCACCCUGGAUGUGCUACACCAGAUUUUCUCUAAAUUCGGCACUGUGCUGAAGAUCAUCACUUUCACAAAGAACAACCAGUUCCAGGCUCUGAUCCAGUAUGCCGAUGGCUUGACUGCUCAGCACUCCAAACUGUCUCUGGAUGGACAGAACAUCUACAAUGCCUGCUGUACCCUGAGAAUCAGCUUCUCCAAGCUCACCAGCCUCAAUGUCAAGUACAACAACGACAAGAGCCGAGAUUACACCCGACCAGACCUCCCCACUGCGGACUCACAGCCCUCUCUCGACCACCAGACCAUGGCAGCGGCUGCGUUUGCUGCUCCAGGUUUGAUUUCAGCCUCUCCUUAUGGUGGUGCUCAUGCCUUCCCCCCAGCCUUUGCCAUCCAGCAGGCAUCAGGCUUGUCUAUGCCCGGUAUGCCCGGUGCCCUGGCGUCCCUGGGUAUGGGCCACGGCGGCAUGGCGGCUGCUGCAGCGGCCGCUAACCGGCUCGGCCUGUCAGGGCUUACUGGCGCUGGGGGACACAAUGUCUUGUUGGUCAGCAAUCUGAACCCUGAGAGCGUUACGCCACACUGCCUCUUUAUUCUUUUCGGUGUGUACGGCGAUGUGAUGAGAGUGAAGAUCCUGUUUAAUAAAAAGGAGAAUGCUCUGAUCCAGAUGUCUGAUAGCACACAGGCUCAGCUAGCUAUGAGCCACCUGAAUGGCCAGCGUCUUCACGGCCGGGCCAUGCGCGUGACAUCGUCGAAGCACACCACAGUGCAGCUGCCCCGAGAAGGCCACGAGGACCAGGGCCUCACAAAGGACUACAGCAACUCCCCGCUGCACCGUUUCAAGAAGCCCGGCUCCAAAAAUUACUCCAACAUCUUCCCACCGUCUGCAACACUCCACCUCUCCAACAUACCGCCUUCUGUGGUGGAGGAUGACCUCAGGAGACUUUUUGCCAGCUCAGGAUCCACAGUCAAGGCCUUCAAGUUCUUUCAAAAGGACCGCAAGAUGGCCCUGAUCCAGAUGGGCUCAGUGGAGGAGGCCAUCGAGUCCCUCAUCGAGUUCCACAACCACGAUCUGGGAGAGAACCACCACCUCAGAGUGUCCUUCUCAAAGUCCACCAUCUGAGUGCCUUUCCUCCCUCCAAGUCUAUUUCCAUCUGAAAGCUACUUUUCUCAAGGUUUCCUUCAGUGGAAAUGGCCACCAUCACAUAUGUAUAGCUGUGGUUCUGUGUAGAAUGUUGCUCCCGUCACCAUCAUCCCCCCCCCGUCGUUUAUAGGUUUGGGUAUCACACUUAAUAGAUUCUGCUUAUUGAUUCUGAUUCCUGGUUCAUAAGUCACCAACACAUAUGUUGAAAACAAACGGCAUUAUUUCCGCUUGGUUUACGGUAAUAAACCACAUUACAAGGUAUAUUAAAUUAAAAUGUAGACGGAUGUGAAUAUUUCCUCAGGCCACGCCCCAAUUGAUUGUUUGCAGUUGUACACUUGUUGAUAUUUGAGUUAGUCUUGCUAACAUUAGCCGAUUCCGGUGGCGUUUGAUUUGGACCGAAAGGACGUCUGUAAACGCUGCAUUCUUGUGCCACGCAGCCGUACGUCCCCACUGUACCGCUUACUUCCCUUAGUGAAGCUUAGCGACACUUGUUAGCAGUAGGUCUUGCCCAUGUUUACACUAUUCCACAUGCCUUUUUGGUGCGAGUGUAACGGACGACGUAAAACAAUAGAUUUAAACAGGAAUCAGUGAUUGGAAUCAAAAGCACGUUUCCGGUUCCAGUUCAGGAUCAGGUUCAUUAACUUGUUCCUUUAAUAAAGUUUGAAGCGGGGCCCUAUGAAGGGGCAGCAUUCUGCAGCGAACCAUGUUAUUAUAUUGGAGGUAAAGUAGAGGCAGCCGAUGAACUGUCACUUUAGACCAAAUUGUUUAAAAACAAACGUAUGUAAAAGACACCCUCCACCACAGAUGCUUAUGUGGAUCAAUCAUAUCCACAACAGACACACUUCAGCAUUCCUUUUUACUAUGAUAGUCGUGUGGAUAUAUCUUUGUGUGUGUGCCUUUUUUGAAAUGCCACUUUGAACCCGUUCGGCCAGUCAGAAACGGUUUGAUACAAAGGAUUUUGUUUUGGCUCACGGACCACCAAACGAUGUAUUUCCCAGUGUCCAUUUUGAUUCUUUUUAGCUUUCUUGUAACUACCCGCCUUUUUUGCUUCAGGGGAUCCAUACCACUAUCUGAAGUCAUUCAAUACGCAUGUGUUUUUCUUUUCAAUGUCUGUAUCUACAGUCUUUGUGCCUUACUUUGCCCCGACCAGAUUGCCUUAAGCAUCGCUCUGGCUUUAUUUGGGAAAGACUGUGGCUCUUUGUUUCAUGCCUUGUGGUGUGUACCAGCGUUGUGAACAUGGAGGGGGAAGUGGCUCAUUCAAUCUUCUGUUUGUUCGAAGAGAAAAAAAAACUUUAAAAAAAACACACAAAUGUUUAUCUAUGGAUUUGUAUACAUAUAUCCCCAUUAUAUGUGUGUAGAAACUAUGAAUGUAAGUCAGUUAGAUGCCUAAUGUCCUUGCUAGGUGACGUAGCUCUGUUAGGUGUAUUGUGGCAGGAGUUAGCGCUGUAUCCAGCCUUCCUGUCUUACAGUCCCCAUCCACCUCCAUUUAGUCCUUCCUCAGUAGAGACGAUGGUGUUUGGGGCGUCAUUUAACCAUAUUAUGUCCAUGUAUAUGUGGACACCUAUAUAUUCAUUUAUCCUCUUUUUUUAAUUUCAUUUUUUUUAUGUUAGCAUUUACAUGUGUAUCACUUGGAAGCUUAACUGAUACCUAUAUGUAGUGGCUGGGUUUGAUCAUUAUCACAGUGCCUUGAGUUUUUAAUCUGAGGCUGAAACACUUUCUGGCCGCUCAGUUGACUUUGUUUACCUCUCGUUCAGGUGUUACGGUUCUGCAGAGAUGCCUUUUCAUCCCGUUGUAUUCAGGUAACCCUAACCUGUGAGAGGGCAGCUUGGACACAUUUGUCAACUGAAAAGUAAAAAAAAAAAAAAUCCUAAACCCAGUAAAUAUAUAUAUAUAUAUAUUUUCCUUUUCUUAAAUUCAGGAUUUCAGGGUAGGAUAGCCCUCGCCCAUUCCUGUCUGUCCACUUACGCAACAGUCAGGUUCCUUAGUGCACUUUUCCUCCGAUAGGUCCAAAUUGGCGCCAUCACGCUGAAGUCUUAAACGUCGUCACAUUCCUGCGUGCCUCAAGCACCGGUCUCCACAGCCUCGACCACUGUAGUUUUUGGACCAGAUGCAGAUGUGCUCCGUUUCUAUUUUUGUAAAAGAUUAUUAUGCAUGGUUUAACGAAGCUUCAUGUAGCUACAGGCGGUUAUUGCUGUUCAGGACCAAAGUAUCUUCUACCCCUGCUGUUUUCGUAGUGUUGUGAUUUUCUGAAGGUUUUUUUUUUUUUUUUCUUCUUCUUCACAUUUUCCAAAAGUUCACAAGGCUUCAGUUUCCUGUUUUCAGUUUCUCAGAUGCCUUGGACAAAUGUCACAUGAAGUUGAAAUGUUUUGUGCAUCAGCCUAUACUGUAUAUGGUUUUCUUUUUUUGUUGGAUUGACUUUUACAAAGAGCCUACGUUGGUAGCUUGCUUUAGAACGGAUAUUAAUUGAACCACAGUCGUAGCUGUGAUGUUGAUGGUGUAGAAGAUGAUAUGCCUUUUUGAUUUUCUUUGUUAAAAGCUUUUAUUUUUUCUCCUUUUUAUAUGGGGGUGGGGUGGGGGUUAUUGUAUGACGCGGGAUUGAUGGUUGUAUAUAUUCAUGUUUUUGUACCACAAAAUCAUUUGGAUUAUAUCCACUUUACGUUCAAAACAUGUAUAUUUUGAUAAAACAAUACAGACCUAUUGAAGCUCUGCGGAGCUGUAAAAAACAAAUAAAAAUACCACAAACUUUUGUAACACAAAGACAUUAAACCUAUCUGAACACACAAGUGUCUCUGUAUGUGCCCCCCCGCUCCCCACCUUGCCAUUCUGUUCUCGUCUCUUGCAUCUUUCUGCUGCCUUCAAUAAAUCUUUAGUUUGUUCCUUCUUUCA